CUUCAAAGAGGGCUAUGCGACCGAUGUACUCACGGCGGAAGAGAGCACAAUCCAAGCUCCUGGUGACAAUGAGCUCCAUCGUGCUCUCAAGGCCCGCCACAUCACCAUGAUCGCGAUCGGCGGGGCCAUUGGAACAGGUCUCAUCAUCGGAACAGGAUCUGCCCUUGCAAAAGCUGGUCCGGCCUCUAUCCUCAUCUCUUACUCUAUUGUCGGUCUUGUUGUCUACAUGGUGAUGUGUGGUCUGGGAGAGAUGGCUGCCUGGCUGCCGUUGUCUUCGGGCUUUACUGGUUAUGCUGUUCGAUUCUGUGACCCGGCACUGGGCUUUGCUAUGGGCUAUACGUACUGGUUCAAAUACAUCAUCGUCACCCCCAACCAACUCACCGCAGGCGCACUUGUCAUAUCCUACUGGAUCGACAAAGAACGAGUCAAUCCGGGCGUAUGGAUCACCAUAUUCCUCGUUUUGAUCGUCUCGAUCAACUACUUCGGAGUGCGCUUCUUUGGCGAGUUCGAGUUCUGGCUCUCGUCCUUUAAGGUUGUUGUGAUUCUGGGGUUGAUACUGCUGUCUUUCAUCCUCAUGCUCGGGGGCGGCCCGGACCACGACCGCAAAGGGUUCCGCUACUGGAAGAACCCCGGUGCAUUCAACACCUACAUUGACGACGGACCAGCCGGUCGGUUUUACGCCUUCUGGGCGACUAUGGUCUCUGCCACGUUCGCCUAUCUGGGUACCGAGCUGGUGGGUGUGACGGUUGGCGAAGCGGAGAACCCCCGCAAGACCAUCCCCAAGGCCAUCAAACUGACCUUCUACCGCAUCGUGGUGUUCUAUAUCCUCAGUGUGCUGCUCGUCGGCACUUUGGUCCCGUACGACUCGGACGAGCUCAUCUUCGCCACGAAGCAAUCCUCCUCGGCCGCCGCGUCGCCGUUUGUGGUUGCCAUCGUGCUCGCUGGUAUUCCUGUCCUCCCGCACAUUCUCAACGCCUGCAUCUUGCUGUUUGUCUUCUCCGCUGCCAACUCGGAUCUCUAUAUCGCUACCCGUACCAUCUACGGGCUGGCCAAGGAGAACAAGGCCCCUAAGUUUCUGGCCAAGACCGACCGGCGCGGUGUGCCGAUCUACGCACUGGGGGUGUGCGCGGCAAUCGCGUGCAUCGCGUACAUGAACGUUUCCUCCGACUCCAAAGUGGUGUUCGGCUACUUCGUCGACCUCGUCACGAUUUUCGGACUGCUGACCUGGGUCUCGCUGCUGAUCACGCACAUCUACUUCGUGCGGGCGCGCAAGGCCCAGAACGUGCCCGUCAGCGACCUGGCGUACCGCGCUCCAUUCGGGGUGUACGGAUCCUACGCCGCAUUGGCGUUUUGCAUCCUGAUCUGCCUGACGAAGAGCUUCGACGUGUUCACGCACAACAAGAAGUGGGGCAACUUCAACUAUAAGACCUUCAUCACGGCGUACCUGGGCAUCCCGCUGUAUCUGUGCCUGAUCGGCGGGUACAAGCUAGUGACGCGAUGCUCCGGGGUGGAUCCGUACCAGGCGGAUCUGUGGAGCGGGAAGGAUCAGGUGGAUGCGGAGGAGCGGGAGUAUUUGAGGCGGAAGGCGAUGAUGGAGGAGCAGCACCAGGGGGCGAGUUGGUUCUAUCGGAAGUUUGUGGCGUGGUUGUUUUAGGUGGGGGAGUAGUCAGUCAUAUGUGGAGGAGCAACAUGGGGUAAUGAGCUACGACAUUUGUUUCUACCUAGGGGAUAGUAAUGAGAGUUCUGGAGUAGUCUAGAUGGAAGAAUUUGCAUGACUAGUACAUAGUGCAGUAGCAAAUCGUUAUCCCCGCCUAUUUCCG